UCUCAGAUCUCUCUCUUCCUUAACCCUCGAAUCUUUCGAGCUUCGAUUAUUUGCAGAAAAUUGUUGAUUCUAUUAUUGUUCUUCUGUUAGAAUGAGAUUCUACGGCUUCAAUAACUAUAACAGGACUACCCUUUUCUUGGUAGUUACUGUGAGUUCAAUUGAUUGUGAAUUUACUAGGUCUCCUGCUUCCCGAGAUCUGCUUAAAUGAUGGGAAAUUGGUUCCUCGUUUUCUGUCAUUACAUUGCAUUUGUUCAGUGUAAUAAUUUGAUGGGUUCCUGAAUCUUGCAGUUUAGUUCUUGCGUUUGAGCUUCAAUAUUUGGUUUUGGGAAAGAAAAAAAAGAUUCCCCCAAUUCUCUAUUUCUUCUAUAGUCUUUUUUUAUUUAUGAAGAUUCAUAGACAAUUGGAGAGGAAUUUGGUCCUAUUUAAUUGAGAAACGAUGUGAUUAACGUACGGGUUUGGAACUUAAUCUUGGUGAGCGUACAAGGUGGGCGAUUAUUAGAUGUAUGCAUUUGGGUACCAGUUAUUGUGCAGGUUGUGGAAGAUCUGUAAUAGAGAAAAGUUGCAGGAAAAGUUGUGUUUUGCGACACUCACUGUCAGGGUGCGGCCAUAAGUAAAUUUGUAUUGGCUUAGAUCAUUAGCAGUUGGAAUGGAAGGACAUGGUGGUGGUCAUUACUUGUGGACAUGGUAGAGGUCAUUACUUGUGCUUGUGGGUUUCUUGGAUUUAUUUUAGAUGAGGUUUGCUGAGAGGUUGGUUGCUGGGUAAUUGUUUUUUUUAGGUAGUUUUUCUCAAAGGUAAUUUUAUUUUAAGAUAAAUGGUGCAGUAGCAGAUGGUGUUUUCCACUUUCCAUGAUUUUCUGCUAGUCUUGGUUUCCUUGGUUGAGUUGAUUCUACUAAACGGAGAGGGUGGGUGAAUGGUUGAUACAGCUCCCCCAUUGUAUUGGCACUUCUCCACUUACAAGUUUGUCAGUUUCCUGAAAGUCAGAAGCUAAUCAUGCGUGAUAACAUCAAUAUGAAUUGGACUUUUGGGGACAGAGUUGAUUGAAAUCCCAAUCUCAAACCUCCUUUUGUAUCAGCUUAACUGGCUGUGUUUGAAAGACCAGCUUGAAGAACUGAUAGAUGGAAGAGUGUUGAGGAUUGAUGUCUUGUAUUCAAAAGAAAUGAAUCAGCCGCUUAUGGACACUUGUGGAUAUGGGGUUGUGGGCCUCCUCCGAACGUAGUAAAGCUAGUUUUUAAGUUUGGGGGUGCUCCAAGAUCUACAAUGAGUCUAGCUUGUCUUGUUUGUGAAAGUGUUGAAAGUCCUUCCCAAUCUUUUAGGAUUUACUCUGUUUCAAGUUCAGAUAAUGAGGGCCGUUGUUCUAUAAUCAUCAACUGUUUGAACAAGAAAGCAUAUCUUGGACCAGAGACACCAAGUAGCGAGAUCACAUCAGCCAAGGUAACCCCAUACCCAAUUUUGGCCAACACUCAGGGAGUCGCAGGAACCCCCAGGCUAGUACGGCGCCAUGCUAUCAGGAGGGACCUUAUGAGUGACUGGAACUUUGAAGAAUUAGCAGUGGAGGUUUAAUUUUGCAUUAUGAAAUAGCGUAUUAGGACUCACUACUAUUUCAGCAUUUGUGCAUAUAUAUCUCAUUUGUGUACCCUGAUCAGAACUUGUGCGAUGCAUGGGCAGAGUAUUAUUUCCUGGGUAAGAACUGUACAGGUAUUGAUGACUGGAGUAGCUUGUGUUAUACCUCUCUUUCUCUCUAAAAUUUGCAAAAAUAUGUUUCCAGACCAA